AAUUACUGUCGCAUGCCCUAUAUUGUGCCCGUAUCAUGUCAUCCGAAGUAAUCAAGUCAGUCGCCACUCUACAGCGCGCUGAUUCGCACGCGUUCAGUGUUGUGUUGUGUAUUAUGUUUUAAAUUACUUGGAGUCAUGUCGAAACUCAAGACGAUGUUGAAAAUCGGCGGCGGAGCUGUGCUAAUCGCGGCGAUAGUGGCUGUGUUCGUGGUGGCCACACAAGGAAGGGACCCAGACCUGGAGGCUUCAGAGCAUGAAGGAAGAGAAUAUAUCCUGCAGCUGGACAAAGCUGCUGGAGAGAGGAGAAAUAGAGCCACCAAAGCUGAAUGGGCUUACACGUCUAACAUAACUAAGGAAAAUGAAGAUCAGAAGAUACAAACCCAACUAGAGAUCUCAAAACUAGAGAAGUUAGCAUGGGAAGAAACGAAGAUGUACAAGUGGCAGGACUUCCAAGAUGUGACAUUAAGGAGAAUGUUCAAGAAGUACAGUCAGCUAGGAGUUGCAGCGUUGCCUGACGACAAGUACAAGAUGCUGAUGAAGUCAGUUUCAGACAUGGAGUCGAACUAUGCGACGUCGAAGAUUUGCUCGUACAAGGAUGCGACUAAGUGUGAUUUGUCGUUGGAACCUGAUAUAACAGAAAUCUUCGCAAAGAGCCAGAACGUGUCCGAGCUGGAACACACCUGGGUGGAGUGGCACAAGGCAGCCGGCGCCCGCGCAAAGGAUAACUUCACUCAAUACGUGAGGCUGAGCAAUGAGGCUGCCAAACUCAAUGGUUACAAAGACGUAGCAGAAUGGUGGCAGUCUGACUAUGAAGUAAACGACUUCGAAGCGCAGCUGGAGAAGCUGUGGAACGACGUGAAGCCCCUCUACCAGCAGCUGCACGCCUACGUCCGGAAGCAGUUGAGGGACAAGUACGGGCCUGAGGUGGUGUCCGCUAGGGGACCUAUUCCGGCGCACUUAUUGGGUAAUAUGUGGGCUCAAACCUGGAACAACAUAGAAUCAUUCACACGCCCAUACCCAGACAAGAAAGAAAUAGACAUCACACAAGCAAUGAAGGAUCAGAACUACACAGCGCUCAAAAUGUUCCAGAUGUCAGACAGUUUCUUCAGGUCAUUGAAGCUUACCCCAAUGCCGGAGAAAUUCUGGAAGAAUUCUAUAAUAGAGAAGCCUACUGAUAGGGAUAUCGUUUGCCAUGCUUCUGCUUGGGACUUUUAUGACGGUGAAGAUUUCAGGAUCAAGCAGUGCACAACAGUAGAUUACGAAUAUUUCCAAACAACACACCACGAAAUGGGUCACAUUCAGUACUUUCUUCAAUACAAACAUCAACCGGUUGUAUUUCGUGACGGAGCUAACCCAGGUUUCCACGAAGCUGUGGGUGACACGAUAGCCCUGUCGGUGUCUUCACCAAAACACUUGCGAAGCGUUGGACUUAUCAACAAGAACGACACAGAAGACGAGCAGACUGAGAUCAAUCAGCUGUAUAAAAUGAGUAUAGACAAAGUAGUCUUUCUACCUUUCGCUUACACCCUGGACCUGUUCCGCUACGGGGUCUUCCGUGGAACCACCACCCCUGAGAAUUAUAACUGCCACUACUGGAGAUUAAGAGAGAAAUUACAAGGAGUGGAACCUCCAGUCACGAGAACUGAAGAGGACUUUGAUGCUGCUGCUAAAUAUCAUGUAUCUGCUGAUGUUGAGUAUGCUAGGUAUUUCGUGUCCUUCAUCAUCCAAUUCCAAUUUCACCGAGCGUUGUGCGAGCUCGCAGGAGAAUAUUCAGCCACGAAGAAACUAGUCGACUGCGAUAUUGUAGACAGCGUUGCUGCUGGAAAUGCACUAUCAAACAUGCUCAAAAUGGGUUCCUCGCACCCCUGGCCCGACGCGAUGGAGGCGCUGACGGGCCAGAGGGAGAUGAAGGCGGACGGGCUGCUCGAGUACUUCAAGCCGCUGCACGAGUGGCUGCAGAAGGAAAACGAGAGGACCGGCGAGUACGUCGGCUGGGAGUCUAGCAAGAUUCAAUACUGCACUGCAGAGCAACAGGCAGCGCUACAGUCAGAGCAAAAAGAAGAUCAUAGCACGUGACGCGGCCAGUACUUACGUUAGGCACGGCUGGGCAACGUUACAAAAUAACGUUAAUCGUUAAUACCGUUAUUUGAACAGUUACUUCAUGGUUGCGUCGUUAGGGGUUUCCUGCGUUCGGUCGGACGGGACUUUCAACUCGAUCUGGAUGGUUAAGUUAUUUUGUUGUUACUAGUAAUAACUGGUAGGCCGUCAUAUUCGACGGCAAGCUGGAUUUGACUUGACUUUCCUUUUCUUAUUGAACUGAAUCAAAAGUUGCUCAACUGUGUGAACAUUCUAUAUCUAUCUAUAUUAUACCUAUAUAAUUAUGAAUUUCUAUAGACGCCCUGGCAGUGUACAUAUCGUUGUUUUUACUAUUUCCCUCGCAAUUUUUCAUAUUUUUCUCACCGUUUGAACCUUCCCUGAACUUCCAAAAAUAUUUCAAUACCAAAUCGGUCCAGCCAUUUUCGAGUUUUAGUUUUUUAGCCCAAUAGGUGAUUUUGAACGAAUAACACGUUACAGCAAACUUCAAGAUAAUUGUCAUAUUUCGCGACUCAACUACAUUACUUAAGAGGCCCACUGAUUACGCAAAAGCUGACAAUCGCAAAUAACUGACAGGCCGAUAUCGUCCGUAGAACUGGUAAUCAGUUGGCCCCUUUAGACGGGACAUCCAGAUUGAGUUAUUAGUUCUUGGUCGCAAGAAAUUGCUGCGACAUCAGUAUUGCUACGUGAUUGCCAAUAAGAAAGAAAUACUCAGGACGGAGCUUUACAGCUCGAUUCGAACUUUAAUAUACGUCAAAUAUUAGGUCUAGAUACGGUAUGGAUCGGAUGUGUCAGUGUCAAAAGUGACGUUUCUUCAAACAACCACGUAUCCAUAUCGUGUACAUGUGUUGUAUCUUAAACUAAUAUUGGACGUAUCUUAGUUAGAAUCGAGCAGUUAGACGUCAGUCUUCCGCUCUAAGAUGGCUACAAAAAGAUGAUUUAUAUAAAACUUACUAAGCAGUUCAAAUUUACAAAAUCUGAACACGACUUCUGAACGUGUUAGGCUGCGUUUCCACCAGACAUGCGCGAAGAUGCGUUGCAAGGUAUAUUUUUGCAAAAAAGUUAUAGAAUCACUACACGCUGAGCGAGGACAGGUAAAUGAAGUGAUUCUAUUGGUUAUUAACACACACAACUCUAGCAACGCAUCCUCGCACAUCUCUGGUGGACACGCAGUCUUGUAAAUAUCGUAUAUGUAAUUUAUAAACGGAGGACUAACUGAGUACAUGAAGUCAUGUUUAAAUGUUUGUUAUGAAAAUCUGUUUUCAUGGAGUAAAUAGAUCAAAAUUAAAAUAUUUUAAUGUCGGUUAAAAUAGUAAGAAAUUAUAGGUAGGUAGUUAAAUUAUUGAUCUCUUUCUUGUAAUAGAUCGUUAGUAACUAGUUAACGAAUUCAUUUAAAGUUAACAAAACGAUGUUUUUAACGUUAUUUUGCCGAACCGUUUAACGAUCUCGUGCCCAGCCGGCGGUAGGCUAAUUUGUAAUAGGCUCAGUAUUCAUAAUAAACAUUUUUAAGUUAGAA